CCAAGCUCCAUGUUUGAAGGUUGGAGUGGCGCGAUCUGAGCGUAGGCUACUUAUUUAGGAAUAGCACCGGUGCCAAGGACUGGACCUUGCGCUGUCUGAACCCGGUAGUGCAUAACUGUCCCGGUCAGUGAGUGUGACAACACAGUAUGGCGCUGCAUGUGUCAAAACUUACUACACGAUUACCAACACCGGGCAGCUUUGGAUUGCGCUCAGUUCUCGGAACUAGACUUCCCUUUACUGGCCCAACAUUUACUGAUAUAAGGUGCGCUGCGGGCCGUCGCACACUGCAUUUACUUGUCCGUCAAGCAAGUGACAGCUGGUCAGCAGCAAAGUCCCUUCUUCUUAACUCCGAGCUGGGCUAUUACAGGUGCGCUGUCGGCAGGUUGGGGAAGUUCACAGCAGCAGGCUCCAAAGCAUUCCACCACACUUCAAGUUCCACUACAUCCAAUUGGACGAGCAGGUCCCGUUACCAAGUUGCGUUCAGCGUCCUUGGAGUGUCUGUGGGCGCAAUGGCUACACUGCACACAACCACUAUGUUGGCCAUGAGUGAAACCCCGGAGAUUGUCACCGACUGGCAGAAAGCAAAGGAUGAUUUCCUUAAUGAAACUUUGGAGGAGAGAAGGGCACGUUGCAAGGGCUCCGUGCCCCUGGACGAAAUACCUGUCUGGGAAGCUGUGAAGCCUGUUGUGGAGCCAAAGGAGGUGGUGAACAAGAAGAUAUCCCUCUUUCAAGGAGACAUCACCAAGCUGGAGAUUGAUGCCAUCGUCAACGCAGCAAACAAAUCGUUGCUGGGCGGAGGUGGAGUGGAUGGUGCGAUCCACCGCACCGCUGGUCCUAUGCUGAAGAAGGAGUGUGCCACUCUGAACGGCUGCGAAACGGGGGAGGCCAAGAUAACAGGAGGCUACGCCCUGCCGGCUAAGUAUGUGAUUCACACAGUGGGCCCCAUAGCGUUCGGCGGGGUGACUGACAAGGAGAGGAACGCCCUGCGCGACUGCUACCUCAACUGCCUGCAAACAGCUGUCGAGAAUAAGCUCAGGACCGUGGCUUUCCCUUGCAUCUCUACCGGGGUCUAUGGCUACCCUCCUAAGGAAGCAGUAGAUGUGGCCCUGGAUACUGUGAGGAAGUUCCUGGAACAGUAUCAUGACAAGCUGGACCGUGUCAUCUUCUGUGUGUUCCUGGAGACAGACAAGGAGCUGUAUCGCCUCAAUAUCCCGCGCUACUUCCCUGCUGAGUCCCCUGAGCCUGCUCACUCUGCUGACCAAUGAGAGAGCCCCAGUGCACUGCAGUGCUGGACAGCAGGUUCCGCGGUGAAAAGCAAGCUGUGAUUGCCUGUCACGGUUACCCGGGGAGAUGCUGUAAGCCACCCACCCGCCUACCCACCUACCCGCCCAUCAGCCCCCCUUGGAUUCAGUUGACCCCCCACCUGCUGGUGCCGCGCCCCCUCUUCGCUCGACGUUGCUCGCUGUUUUUUUCUUUUCUUUCCUUUUCUCCUUUUUUAUAAUUUUUUUAUUUUUUAUUAUUAUUCUUUUUUCGAAACUCCUUUCCUCUUCUGAGAGAUCUCACGUACUUGUGUAAUUACCGUGGUUUUAGCUCAGGGGAACUGCAGAGGAAGUGGAGAGAUAGAGAGAUGAAAUGGACGGGGGUUGGGGGAGAGGAGGAAUGUCUAGCCUGUCUGGCUGCCUCAAAAUGGCACAGCAGCACCCAACACCUUCAUAAAGUCUACUCUAACCCCCUUACCUUGAUGUGCACACACACAGCGACACACACACACACACACACACACACACACACACACACACACACACACACACACACACACACACACACACACACACACA